AUGCAAAACCAAAACCUUCCUCAUCUUUCUCUCUCUCAGAUUACUCCUCCUACAAAACCAUCUCUACCUGCACUCCAAUUCAUCCUUCUCUCCAGCCAAAUUCAAUUCAAUUCAAUGAAGGAAUCUCAUGAUCAUCAUCACCAAUCACACUCCGAUUCCACAAAUUCCGUCGGAGUAAUCAAGAGAACCGCAAUCGAGAAAGAGAAAACCAAAAUGAGAGAAAGACAAAGAAGAUCCAUCACUACUCGCAUCUUCCAUGGCCUCCGUAAACACGGUGGUUACACUCUCCCUCCUCGAGCCGAUAUCAAUGUCGUCCUCCGUGAACUCGCUAAAGAAGCCGGAUGGAUAGUCGAACCAGACGGCACCACUUACCGCACCACCGCCACAACCACCACAACCGCCUCAAAAGGAUCUGGUUGUUCCAUCUGUCCUCUCUGCGGCAACGCCGGAAAAGGAAGCGCGGCAUCGACUCCAAGCAGCAGCGUUAUAAUCGGCGGUGGCGGUGGCGAUUGUUCUACAACCGCUUCGCCUCGGCGAGGGAUAACAACCGGAGAUCCAGUAACUGCUGCUAUGGCUUUCGCUGGCCCUGCUUAUCUAUCAUUCUACAACUCAAUCGGUUUCGAGACGAGCAAUAAUAUGAAUCCACUAGCUCCGUGCAUGUACAGGAGGCUGAUCGGCGGCAAUGGCGUCACGCCGGCGACAUUUGCGGUGGCAAACGAUCUGGCGGCGGCGGCGGCAUCGAAUCAUACAAGUCCGGCGACUUCGCCGCCGCGGGGAAGUUAG